AUGAAGCUCUAUCUCUCUCUCCUGUUCGCGGUGGUUGCUGUUGCCUUUCCUCUCAUCGAAUCCGAAGUGAAGCGUUGCAGCGGAGAUACUCUCGAUCUUCCCAAAGCUGCUAUGUCUUGGGACGACGGUGAUGUCCCCGGCCUCACUAGCGACAUAUGUGACCGCGUUGAUUUCUGA